UCAUCCAAGUCAACAGAGCGGAUAUUUUUGCCUCAUUGCGCUGUUUUCACUACUCAGUCACCAGUCACUCCUCGUGGGACUGAAGACAAGUGAUUGUUCACCACGUAGCCCUGCAUGAAGCUCAGGGGAGGGAUUAUCUCUGACAUGAUACAGCUCUGGUGAGCACACCUGUGAGGCAGGGAAUCACACAGAAGAGAAACAUGGUGAGCAACGCGGUGAAGUCCUUUCUGGUGAGCCUGUCUCGGAGGAAACCCCUGGAGCCUGAGGGGGAAGAGUCCACAUUUAACAGAUGCUUGACCACUCUGGACCUGGUGGCUCUGGGUGUGGGUAGCACUCUUGGGGCUGGGGUCUACGUUCUGUCUGGAGAGGUGGCCAGAGACACUGCCGGACCCAGCAUCAUCAUCUCCUUCUUCAUCGCCGCUUUGGCAUCCAUAUUCGCCGGACUGUGUUAUGCAGAGUUUGGGUCCCGGGUUCCUAAAACAGGCUCAGCAUACCUUUACAGCUAUGUGACUGUUGGAGAGCUACUGGCUUUUAUCACUGGGUGGAAUCUGUUACUCUCCUAUAUCAUAGGCACAUCCAGUGUUGCACUUGCAUGGAGUGGGACAUUUGACGACCUCAUAGGCGGCCACAUAUCGACAUACUUUGAAAAACAUGCAGCCAUCGGCCUCCCUGGCCUGGCACCUUACCCAGAUGUCUUUGCAGCUGUUCUCAUCUUGCUACUGUCAGGUGUCCUGGCAUUCGGGGUGAAAGAAUCAACAACAAUCAACAAGAUCUUCACAGCAAUCAACAUCCUGGUGCUGCUGUUUGUAGCUAUUUCUGGAUUCAUCAAGGGGGAUAUCUCCAACUGGGAAAUCAGUGAAGAGUCUCUGAUAAACGCCACUGCAGAACACUUAAACUUGACCUCUACUGAAAAUGUGGAAAGUUUGUAUGGGGUGGGUGGAUUUUUCCCCUAUGGCUUUAGUGGAACCCUGGCCGGAGCGGCAACAUGUUUCUACGCAUUUGUUGGAUUUGACUGCAUCGCUACAACAGGUGAGGAGGUGAAGAACCCCCAGAAGUCUGUCCCUGUGGGCAUUGUGGCCUCCUUACUCAUCUGUUUCCUGGCUUACUUUGCCGUGUCUGCUGCUCUCACCCUGAUGAUGCCCUACUACAUGCUCAGUGAAAAAAGCCCUUUGCCAGUGGCCUUUGAAUAUGUCGGCUGGGGUCCCGCCAAAUACGUAGUGGCCGUGGGAUCGCUGUGUGCCCUGUCCACCAGCCUGCUGGGUUCAAUGUUCCCAAUGCCCCGAGUUCUGUUCGCCAUGGCAAGAGACGGCCUGCUUUUCCAUCCGCUGACCAAAGUCACCGCCAAGGGCAGUCCUGCUAUAGCUACCAUAUCAUCUGGAUUUGUAGCAGCCAUCAUGGCUCUGCUGUUUGACCUGGAGGCGUUGGUGGAAAUGAUGUCCAUCGGCACUCUGUUUGCUUACACACUGGUGGCCAUAUGCAUCUUAAUACUGAGGUACCAAGUGGGCCAGUCUGAAGACACAGACAAACAGAUCAUAGAGUCAAAGAGCAAGUUUGCCAUCCUGAAGCCUCCAUCAUCUCCCACUGCAUCCACCUCCAAAACAGUCACAAUCCUGACUAUAAUCUCUGUUGCGUGUCUGGUUGCACUGUGUGUCACCUUGACCCAAGCCCUCGAUGCUCUGGCCCGCGUGGAAGCAUGGAGCAUAGUGAUCGUCUGCAUCCUCGUCCUCGUCGUGGUUGUCAACACUUUGCUCAUCUGGAGGCAACCGCAAAAUGCCACCAAGGCAUCUUUCAUGGUGCCUUUACUCCCUGCUUUGCCUUUAGUGAGUACGCUCAUCAACGUCUACCUGAUGGUCCAGUUAGGUGCAGACACAUGGUUACGAUACGCUGUCUGGAUGGCAGUGGGGUUACUCAUCUAUUUCAUCUACGGUAUACGUAACAGCGUUCAGAGGAAGCGUCUCAGGGUCGGCAGGGUGCAGAUUGAAACUGUCAGCUGCAAAUCAGACAAUGACAUCAUUAAAGAAGAGAAAUUCUGAGACGUUACAGCAGAUAACCUCUUUAAGUCUGUAACUACUGUUUUACAUGCACUGCUGGUCUGUUUCCUGCGGUGUUCAGUAUCUGACAGGUGUACAGUGUUGACUUUUUAUUCCACAUUUACACUUUAUUACAUGUUUUUGGAGCUUGUAAUGAAUCUAAAUAUUGUCACUGCCAACACUGAAAUGACACCUGACCUGAUAUGUUUGGACCUGUACUGUAUGUGUGUCGUAUACGUGCUGUGUCCUGGAGCCACUAAAUCUACUGUCAAAGUAGUUUACACCUUCAAAAGGAAAAAAGGCUCAAACUGUUUUUGGUUGACUAUUAUCAUUUAAUAAUUGUGAUUAUGAAUAACAAGAGAAUUGUUUUGUUUUUACUACUAAAAGUUAGGCUGCACAGAAGUAUGCACAAUGUAGAUAUCCUAUUUUUUCCCUCUUAGCCUAUUUUAAGAUUCACUCUAUUAAUUGUUUAUUGUGUAAAUACAGAAACUGUACAUGUUUUCUAAUGAUAUAUUGUAAAUGUAUAUUCCUUAAUUAAAAAGAAAGAAAGAAAGAAUCCAGUUUUCAAGUCGACUACAAAGUAAAG